CUGAACUCUAUGAAAGAAAGUGGGAUCGAAAACACUAGUGGAUUGAGGCCAUAAGACUAUAAGAAGACUAUAAGAAACUUCUGCUAAAAUUACAUCAAGAUCCAAGGAAAGGUCUACCUUUUUAGUGGAAUUUGCAGUACAAUUUUGAAAUAUGUGUUGUGGAGGGUGUGCCAAGUGUCUUGGAGUUAUUCUCAUUCCUUUAAGUAUACUAUGCGUUCUCGCCAAUAUUCUGUUAUUUUUUCCUGGAGGAACAAUUGAAAUUAAAGACCAUAUUUCAAAUGAAGUUUGGUACUUUGGAGGAAUUUUGGGUUCUGGUGUACUGAUGGUGUUUCCUGCUUUGGUCUUUUUCGGUCUUAAGAAUAAUGAUUGUUGUGGAUGCUGUGGAAAUGAAAACUGUGGAAAAAGAUUUGCGAUGUUUAGUUCUAUAAUAUUUGCAGCAGUUGGAAUUGUGGGAGCUGGAUACAAUUUCGCUGUGUCAGUUUUGGCUUUGAACAGAGGCCCAAAGUGUAACAUUGAUAUCGGCAAUAGUACCCAGUGGAUAUAUCCGUUUAAUAAUGGGAAUUACCUUGAGGAUCAUAGUUUAUGGAAGACAUGCCAGCUCCCAAAAUCCAUUGUGCCCUGGAAUCUGACACUCUUCUCUCUGCUUCUGUUAAUGAGUGGAAUUCAACUGAUCUUGUGUGCCAUUCAGGCAAUCAAUGGUCUCUUUGGAGCUAUCUGCGGAGACUGUAAAUGUUGUGGGUGCUGCGGGGGAAAUGGAACAGUUUAAAGAAGAUGAUUGCAAUAUAUCAGCUAUGAUAACACAGAAUAUCCCUUUCUGGACUUUCCUCUUGAUAUGAAGGGCCACAUGUUUUUACAUGAAACAGGCCCAGAAUGAGGAGUCUUUUCUCAUGAUGUAGCAGAACCACUUUUCCCUUCCUGUGCUUAUUUUUCCUCACAUAUUUAGCCCCAGUUGGGCUACAGCAUAUUUAUUUCUUUUCCAAGACAAAGUCUUUGAGACAACACCGAUUGCCAUUUUUGUCUCCUUUCCUUCAAGAAGCAAAAUAAUACACCAUGGUCUUUGUUGGAAAUAAGUCAUAUAAAUGGAAUAAUGAUAAUUUGUAAUUACAGUUUACAUCCAUAAUGACAAUACCUUUAAUACUGUCAAACAACAUCUGCCUAGCCCAGAUACUUAGAAAGGACCUGAUAAGUGGAUAAAAAUGCAAAAUCCAGUCUAAACAUUUGGGUGACUGUGCAACCAACCAUUAGUAAUAAUAAUCAUCUAUAGGAAUGUGAGAUAGAAGUUCACAUUGGGAAUAUUUAUAGACUCUGAAGGGUUUUUUUUUUAAACCCUCCAUUAUUCCCUAUUGUUUCUUAAUUAGUGUUUUUAAGAGUUGCAUGUUAGUUUGUGUUCCUACAAGUCAAAUGUUAAGCUCCUUCAUAGCUAUUUUUGUACGUUACUUUGUUUAGUGUAUAGAAAUAUUUCAUUUUCUAAAUGAACAUUACUUUGAAACAAAUGAUAUAAAAAUAAUAAACCAUAAUGGGAUUAAAAGUUUGUGGUAGUAUAAUGUGGACUGCAUCUGCUGAGAACAAGUC